ACGCCGGAAUUCGUUGUGUGAUAAUAUUUAAUUUCUUAUACUGUCUAUUUAGCAACGUUAUUUUUUUCAAAUGUCAUUUUCCAUCUUUUUGUGAAACAGAAAAUAUGUAUUCGAAUUACACCAAACAUUUUGAAAACUCUUCAGAUAUAAAAUGGGAAAUAAUGUACGCUCUGCGUGAAUGCCGAGAUAGGUAUUUGUUACAAAGCGGUAAAAUGUUAUCUGAGUUGUUAUUAGCUCUUGAUGAUAUACCUCCACAUUUUGAUGACGAAACGGGACUUGCCGGUGAUAUACUUGCAUAUCAAGAUGUCACAUUUGAAAGUACAGAAGAAUAUCUCAUAUAUAGCAAAGCACGUUCUUACUACGAAACAGAAGAAUAUCAUGCGUGUGCCUACAUAACGAAAAAUUCUAAAAACUCCGAAACAAUGUUUUUACAUUAUAUGGCAAGGUACAUGAGUAUGCACAACCAAUCGGUUUAUGAGCGUACUAAUUUGUUCGAAGAGCCUAAACUCGUAGGAAUGAGACAAAACUUUAUAACUUUAUUAGAUGAACUAUUAAUUUUAACUGUGUAUGGUUCUGAGAGUGAUGACGAAUUCGAAGAUGUCAAUCAAUCUCAAUUAUUGUCAUUUAUGUCUGAGCUCGACGACGAUGAAACUGAUAUGAAAAUAUCUGUUAGUCAACAAAACGAGUCUACUCCAAUUAAAAGAUGUAGCAGUAGGCGAAAUCGCAUCCAAAAACCUAGUACACCGUCAUUCAACCAAAAAUUUUCUAUGCAUAAAAGUAGUACUAGAAGUAAUAUUUGUAAAAAAAAAAAAGUUCAGUCUAAAAGAUCAAUAACGUUUGAUGCUCAUAUAAGCUUUGAAAACGGUUGCGGAGAUCCCUACUUGCUGUGGCUUGCAGCUGUCAUGCUAAAAAAAGUAGAUAGGUUUGAGGAGGCGACCAUGUUCCUAAUCGAAUCAUUGGAAAUUCAACCAUGUAAUUGGGCUGCUUGGAUUGAGCUUUCCACGUUAAUCAAAGAUAUAAAAAUGCUAGAAGAAUUAAAUAUUAAAACACAUCCUCAUCAUUGGAUGCAGCUACUGUUUCUAGCACACGUAUACUUGGAUUUCCAGUUGACUGAUAAAGCAUUGCAAAUAUAUAAUGAUAUAUUGCAGUACGGUGACUCAGUAUUUCAAAAAUGGCCAUAUUUACGAUGUCAACUAGCCAUCGUUUAUCAUAACAAGCGAGAAAUAGCUAGUUCUGUAAAGGAGUUUAUAAAUGUUCUUCAGCUUGAUCCAUACAGAUUGGAUAACAUUGAUUUGCUGUCAAACUUAAUGUACGUUUGCGAUCAUCGGGAUCAACUUGUUGUUCUGUCUAAACACACAUCUACUGUCGACCGCUAUCGCCAAGAAACUCUUUGUGUUCUAGGAAAUUUGUAUAGUUUAAAAUGUGAUCAUGCUAAAUCAGUUUUAUAUUUUAAAAAAGCACUAAGGAUGAACCCCUCUAAUGUAACCGCUUGGACUUUGUUGGGACACGAAUAUAUUGAGAUGAAGAAUUCUUUUGCGGCCAUUGCAUCGUACAGGCAAUCAUUGAAAAUAAAUAUUAGAGACUACCGAGCUUGGUAUGGUCUUGGGCAAAUCUAUGAGCUAGUAAAGCUGCCGAAUUAUGCUUUAUACUACUUCGGACAGGCGUAUGCACUUAGACCACGAGAUUCACGCAUGAUAGUCGCACUUGGGGAAAUGUAUGAACGCACAGACAGGGUUUGUGAAGCUCUCACAUGUUACUAUAGAGCACUACGUUACGAUAUUGAAGGGACGGUUCUACUUAAAAUUUCAAAGUUUUAUGAAAAGUACAACGAUGACAGCAAUAACCAUGUUAUUUGUGAUAAUUUCCACGAGUUAAAUAAAAGCGCUUUAAAAACGGCUCUAGAUGAAAACUGCUCCGAAAAAAAGUUGAAUUUCUUAUUGGCAAAGAUUUAUUUGUAUUUGGGAUAUCACUAUUUAGAUCAGAAUAAUUAUGAAAGAGCCUAUGCAAUGGCUGAAAAAUGUCGUUCUCUGUGCGUGGAAGACGAAAACCAGAUAAACUUGGAGUUUCAAGAUAAUGUCAAUAGCCUACUAAGCGAAGUAGGAGCCAGAACAGGAGUGUCUCAAAAUGUUGGCGGCCCGUUAAAAGCACGCAGAUUCCUAUUUGCAUUAUGAAUUUAUUACUACUAAUAUUUUUUUUACAUGUGCUAUAGAAGACUGAUUUUUAUUUAUUUUUAUUAUGCUAGGAUUGCUACCAAUAUUUUACCAAGUUUGUUGGGGGAAAAAAUGUAACAGCUCCUAAUUAAUUUUAAUAAUCAACUUAAUUCAAUUGUUAGCCAAAAAAAAUAUAUUUUACUAUUUUAAGUAUAACAUUAAAUUCUGAAAUUUUUAUUUACAAUUUGUUAAGUAUCAAGUCGAGCUAUUACAUUUUUUUUUGUACCAACAAAAAUAAUACGAAGUAAAGAAAAACUACCAAAAACUGAUGAAUAUAAUUUUUAUUGUGAUAAUGCAAAAGUCCAUUC